UAUGAAAAUGUUGUUGUUUUCUUUCUAAAUAUGUGCCAUGACCUAGCUAGCCAGUUUCACCUGCUGCACUGCUACUCCCGGCGUGCGACGGAGGCAACGGAUGCGUAAAGCACUACAGAUUGCACCAAAGACGCGCGCGCCGGCCGGGUCUUAUCCUUAUCUUUGCCUCCCAUGUACGAAAGGUUUCCAAAGACCAGUAGUGGUCUACUCUACUGUAUAUAUGCAGCAAAGAGAGGAGUAUCUAGCUAGCUUCCUUUAAUUUGUUAGCUUUAGUAGACACCAUUAUCACAUAUUCGGGCUGUUCCAUGAAGUGUCCUUUCAUAGUACUACAUCUUUGGUCAUCGUCACGCCGCCGCCGAUCGGCUACUUAUACCAAGGCUUCCCCAGCCCCUCCCUCUAUAUAGAGCUUAACCGGCAAGCUGAUAAUCAAUAAGGUGAGGUAAGAAAUAUAAUGGACAAGUCCAAGGGGAAGAUAGACGAGGCGCCGUCCAUGGGCUCCAGCAGCUGGGUGGUGGAGAUGGAGGAGACGAUCCGCGGCAUCGACCCGGAGGUGGAGAUGGCGCGGUGGAAGCGGCACUCCAUCUACCAGGUGCCGGAGCGGAUCAAGAACCUGCACAACAGCAAGGCGUACCGGCCGGAGCUGGUCUCUCUUGGCCCCUUCCACCACGGCGAGCCGGACCUGCUCCCCAUGGAGGAGCACAAGCGCCGGGCGGUGGUGCACCUGGUCAAGCGCUCCGGGAGGCCGCUGCGGGACUUCGUCGCCGCCGUGGCGGAGGUGACGCAGCAGCUGCAGGAGGCGUACAAGGACCUCGGCGGCCGGUGGCGUGGCGGCGCGGAGAACGGGCAGCGGUUCGUGGAGCUCAUGGUCACCGACGGCUGCUUUCUGGUGGAGGCCAUGAGGAUGGACGCGCUGGGCGGCAAGGUGGACGAUGAUUACGCGCCCAACGACCCCGUCUUUAGCCAGUAUGGCUAUCUUUACAUGUGGCGCUAUAUCCAGUCCGACAUGGUCAUCAUGGAGAACCAGCUGCCUCUGCUUCUUCUCCACAGGCUCUUCCUCGUUCUGGACCAUCAGAGAUAUCAGGACGCUCGAGAGAUUACCAAGUUGGUGCUUGAUUCUCUGUGUCCGUGGCGUCGUCACGUGGUUGAAACUAACCCCGUGGGGCUACACCCCCUCGGCGUCUUGCACCAAAGUCUCACCCAUGACGAUCACCAAGACCGGAAAGGUUCGAAGGCAUAUGUCAUGCCCUCCGCAAUUGAGAUCUACGAAGCGGGAAUUAAUUUCAAGGUGAGCGAGACUGACAGCCUCCUCGACGUGCACUUCGAACAAGGCGUGCUAAGCAUGCCGGCGGUUAGGGUCGACGAAUGCACCGAGAAGAGGUUUCUAAAUCUGAUGGCAUUCGAACGGCUCCACCCUGCUGCUGGCAAUGCCGUGACGGCUUACGUGAUCUUCAUGGACAACAUGAUUAGCUCGGCCAAGGAUGUAGCCCUGCUCAGAUGUAAGAAUAUUAUCGAGAGUGGGUUGGGCAGCGAUGAGGAGGUAGCUAAACUCCUCAACAACACACUAAACAAGGGAGGAGUGAUGAGCCCAUCUAGCAGGCUCCACGACGUGCAGCGGCAAGUGAAUGCCCACUGCAUGAAGAGCUGGAAUAGGUGGCGGGCUAACUUCAUACAAACCUACUUGAGAAAUCCUUGGGUGUUUAUUUCCCUCGUUGCUACUGUUAUUCUACUAGUCGCCACACUCUUGCAGACCGUCUAUACGGUUGCACCUUUUUACAAGUUCAUGUCGACCUAGUAGUGAACUAGUACUCCAUCCGUUCCAAAAUACCUACCAUGUUAGAUUUUGUUAGGAGUCAGGACUCAGGACAAGUAUUGGACCAACAAUUACUCUAUUAAUAUGUACUCUUCAUGUGGCAUGAAAUUGAUGUCAUUAUACUUGUUUUAAAA